AUGUUUUGGUUUACUACCAUUUUAUUCAAAAUUAGUUACUAGCAAAUACUUUUUUAUUCUGCAUUCACUGAUACAACAUUAACAGACAUAGACAGUAUUAAAUUUAUAUUGAUUAGAUUGGUCAUUUAUAGGAACUGAUCCUCUUAAUGUUUUUUAAUUUUGUGGUCCUGAUAGUAUUGUAGGUGGAUUUUAAAAAUUUGGAGUUGGAAUAGCUGCUACUAAAUUUUUAUUAUUAGAUCCUCAUUACAAAAUGAAAAUUUCAUUUACUCUAUUUAUGUAAUAAUUUGAUAUUAAUAUUAGAAUUGAUACAUGGGAUCCUAAUGAAUAUUAUCAUGUGUAUGUAGAUGAAAAUUUAGAAUUCCAUUAAACAUACAAUUUUUAUGAAGGAUAAGCUUAUAUAUGUGGUUAAAUAGGAAAUCAUAGAUAAGACUCAAUUCAUGAAAUUUCUUUUGAAUUUUAACACACUGGAUCAACAACAUUCAUUGAAUUAACAAGCACUUUGGAUUAGGAUGCUUUUGAUGUAUCAUAAAUUUUUAAAUUAGGAAUCGUGGGGAUAUAGGAAUUUCAGACUUUUCCUUUAUUUAUGUCCAACUGGUUGUCUUACAUGCUCUUAAUCUAAUUCAUAAGUAGAAUGUCAAACCUGGAUCAUUGUUGCCUCAUUCUAUAUUGACAAUGUAUUUACGACAGAUGGGUGGAAUAUUUUAAAUGGAGAUUUAACAAAAUAAUAAUGUUCAAGUAAAGAAUUAAAUUAAAAAUAGUGAUACCAUCUAUUUGUGGUUAUGGAGUUUGUGGUAAAAAUACUAAAUUGAUUUUGACUUUAGUUUCUCUACCAUUUCAUACAAGAAUGAAGAUAAAAUUGAAAUAUCUCAAGAUAGAUGGUUGGGAUAAUAAUGAUUAUUCUAUUUUAUAGAUUAAUUAGAAUAUUAAAUGGAAAUAAAGCUUAUCAGAAUUAGAUCAAUAUUUAUAUGGAGUAUGUGGAGGAUCUUAAAAAGAUAUUUUUGUAAAUGUUGAGUUAACUUUUCCACAUUUAUUUACAAGUACAUAAAUUAUAAUAUCAAAUACACUUGAUUAAAAUCAUAAUAUUGAAUCAUUUGGAGUAAGAGAUAUCUAGAUAUUUGUUUGUAUAUUUAUAAUAUAUAAUAGAAUAAUCAAUAUGUGGAGAUACAAUAGUACAAGAAUACGAAGAAUGUGAUGAUGGUAAUAUGGAUCCAUUUGAUGGGUGUUUUAACUGUUUGUAUUCUUGUAUAGAUGGGUGUUCAUUAUGUCAUUAAGGUACUUGUUUAGGAUGUUACUCUGGAUGGUAAUAUUUAAGAUAUACCUCUACUUGUUAAAGAGUUUUUGAGGUGGAAUUUAUUAAACUUAUAGAUAUAUUUAUCUAACCGUUUUGUUAUAUUGAAGGUUGUUUAGAUUGUGUAAAUGAUAUUUGUAUUUUAUGUUCAAAUGGAUACCAUUUAAAUUUAGAAUACAAUAUUUGUUAAUCUAUUUGUGGAGAUAAUUUAAUAACAAUUAAUGAGGAAUGUGAUGGAUUAUUGAAUUGUAAUCAAUGUUAAUUUAAUUGUCCAAAUUAUUGUAAUCAAUGUGAAUUUGGAAUUUGUUUAUUAUGUUAAUAAGAUUAUAUUUUACAGAAUAAUAAUUAAUGUAUUAAAUAUGAAAUGGUUAGUUUAUGUUAAUCUUAAUGUGAAAUUUGUGUUGAUAGUGUUUGUUAUAAAUGUUAAUAUGGAUAGUAAUUGGUGUUAGGAUAAUGUUUAGAGAUUUGUAGAAAUAAUAUUUUAGCUAUGUAUUAAUUUGAUGAAUGUAUUUGUAAUCCUUAUUGCUCUGAUUGUAGAUUUGGAUUUUGUUAUUAAUGUGCUAAACCUUACUUUUUAAUAAAUAAUACAUGUAUAAGUAAUAAAUGUGGAGAUUUAAUAAUUUAAGAAGAUGAAGAAUGUGAUGAUGGAAAUGAAAUAGAAUUUGAUGGAUGUUAUAAUUGCCAAUUUUCAUGUUCUUUAGAUUGUUAAGAAUGUUAAUAUGGUAAAUGUAUUGAUUCUUGUUAAUAUGGUUAUUAUUUUAUUAAUAAUAAAUGUACAACAAUUUGUGGAGAUUAAAUCAUAGCAGGAAAUGAAGAAUGUGAAGAUAAUGAUGGAUGUUAUUAAUGUUAAUAUUCUUGCCCUAUAAAUUGUAAUAAUUGUUAAAGUGGAUAAUGUUAAAUUUGCAAUCCUGGAUUUAUAUUAAUUAAUAAUAUGUGUACUAGUAUUUGUGGAGAUGGUAUUCUCUCAAAUUUAGAAUAAUGUGAUGAUGGAAAUCAAAAUGAUGGAGAUGGUUGUACAUUUAAUUGCUUAAUUGAAAUUAAUUGGAUUUGUAAAUUAGGUAGAGAUUGCAAUUAUGUUAAGUAUCCUACAAUUAUAACUGAAUAUCUAAUGUAAAAGAAUUAAUAUCAAUAUGUAAAUAUUGCAUUUUCUUAACCUGUAUUAAAAUAAUCAAAUAUUAACUAUUUAGAAAAUAUUAAAGCAUCGAUUGUUGAUUUAAAUGAAACCCUCUUUAAUAUCACUAUCAUGGAAGUAUAACCAGCCUUAAUUAAUUAAGUAUCUGAAGUACAAUAUAUUUUGUAAAUUGAAAUAUUUAAGAAUCUAGACUACUAUCCAAUAUUAGAAAUUAUUUUAACCGAAUAAUUAUAUAAUAAUAAUUUAGCUCCUUUAAUAUAUAUGAAAGAAUACUUGUAAUUGAAAUAAUCAAAUUAUAUUAAUUAAGAAUAGAUAUAAAUGGCUAGAACUUUCCAAUAUAUAAAUGAAAUAUCAAUUAAAUCUUUAUGUCUCCUAUCUAUUUUACCAAUGCUUUUAGGAAAUGCUCUCUCUUUUUGGUUUAUUUUAGAUGCUCUUUAAGAAUAAUCAUAUCUCAAAUAUAUUAAUGUAUUAUAUCCAUAAACAUUAAUUAUUUACUUUUAAUCAAGUUAAGUCAUAUCUGUUAAUGAAAUAUUAGAUAUCAUUAGUCAGUACAAAAACUAAGGAAGAUUACUUAAAUUUCCUUAUUUAUAAGCUUAUGAAAAGUUUGAAUUUUAUGAAGUCAAUGCUGAUAUUGCUGAAGGAUUUAGAGCUGAAAUUAUAGUCUUUGCAACUUUAUAUCUAGUUUAUAUAAGUACAUUAUUUUUCGUUAAGAUACUUUCAAAAUUAGAAUCUUCUGAAUUCUUAUUAGAAUGGCCAAAAUUAGUUAGAUAUAUAUAAAAAAUGAAACGGAAAGUUUAUAAGAAAGUAAAGGAGACAAAGAUGUAUGCUCUUAAAAACACUUUACGUGCUUGUGCUUGGGAUCUAAUAUUUAUGUCAUUAUUGGAAUUAAAUACUGAUCAUGAUUUUACAUAUUCAAGAACUUGGAUUUGUAUAUUGAUUGCUACUUUAAUCCUUGUAAUAACAAUAAUAUUAUUAUUAAAUUAAGUAACAGGACUGAAAUCAUGGUAGAAACAAAAUUUCAAUUAAUUUUGGUCACACAAGAGAGAUAUCUUUUAAGUGACCAAAAAGUUUCUGAUACUCUAUAUUCUCAUAUUCUAUUAAUAUGAGUAAGAAUUAUAAACUUUGAUUUUAACUUUGAUUAAUGUAUUCUAUUUGAUAUACACAAUCAAUUUUAAAUAUGUAGAUUAUGAUAAUUUAGAAUAUGCUAAAGUAAUUGUAAUGGAGACUUCAACUACCAUUUUUACUGCCUCAACUUUUGUUAAUUGGAAUAUUCUUUCUAGUUAUCUUUUAUAUACUCAAAAAAUCACUAUUUCAUGGUUAUAGAUGUCUGUUUUGCUUAGUGUAUUAAUCUUUUUUAUUUUUAUUGAAUUAUAUAACACAUAUUCAAUAGUUAAAUAGAAAAUUAUCACUUCCAGAACAAAGAGUAAUCUUAAAUUAUAAGAAAUCCAAAAUGUGGAUCCUAAUUCAAAGUUUUAAAACUCAAAAAUCUUUUAAAAAAAUAAUAAAACCAUAUUUUAAAGAGCAUAAUAUCCAAGAAAGUUUUGA